UGUCCAGAAAUAGUCUCGCGGUAAUAUUUCCGUCACAAUCCAAUCCCAAAACAAAACAGCCUUGUCCUGUGCAUGGCGGGAAAAAUAAUUAAUUAAAAAUGCUUUUUUAGUUUUCCUAAUCAAGUUUUUAUAGUUUCAAAAACAGAUGUAAAUUCUAUAACAGAAAAAAGAAAAAAAGGACAUGGGUAAAGAAUUUGUGGAAGGAUGGAACAUAGUACAGAUAUUAGGGGAAGGUGCUUAUGGGGAGGUUCAACUUGUUAUGAAUAUGAGUACUAAAGAAGUAGUGGCUGUGAAAAAACUUGAUACAAGGAAAGAAGCAGGCGCUGCAAAUAAUAUUCAAAAAGAGGUUUUUAUUCACCGUAGACUGAAUCAUGAAAAUAUAGUUAAAUUUUUUGGUCAUCGUGAAGAAGAACCUAUUCAUUACAUUUUUCUGGAAUAUGCAAUGGGUGGAGAAUUAUUUGACAGAAUUGAGCCUGAUGUUGGUAUGCCCCAUUCAGUUGCACAAAAAUAUUUUCUUCAAAUAUUAAAUGGUGUAGAAUAUAUGCAUUCAAUCGGCGUGACUCAUCGAGAUCUAAAACCUGAGAACAUUUUAUUGGAUGAAAAUGAUAAUGUUAAAAUAUCAGAUUUUGGACUUGCUACAGUUUUUCGACACAAAGGUAAAGAAAGAAUCCUGAAUAACAGAUGUGGAACUUUACCUUAUAUUGCCCCAGAAGUGUUUUCAAGGAAAUACAAGGCGGAGCCUGCUGAUAUCUGGAGCUGUGGUAUUCUUCUGGUAGUGAUGUUGUCAGGAGAACUUCCAUGGGAUGAAGCCACUAACAGUUGCCGAGAAUUCAUAUCAUGGAUAAGAUCAAAUUUUUCUAUCUCCCCUUGGACAAAAAUUGAUAAUCUUCCACUUGCUCUCUUAAAAAAGAUUCUCCUCUAUUCUCCUUCAAAAAGAUAUGGUAUUAAAGACAUACAAAAUAAUUUAUGGUGCAAAAAGACUUUAGUACAUGAAGAUUCUGCGCGAUGGUGUGGUGAUAGUUCGACUCGUAAACGGUUGUGUUCUGAUUUAGAGCAAUCACCAGCACUUAAAGAGGAAAGCGUUACCAAACUGUCAUUUUCACAACCUGCUCCUGUGAAUAGGGAACAUGAGAAAACUAGCUGUUUGCCUGGGGAUAUUAACUUCUCUACUGUUGGUGUCAGUUUCUCGCAACCUGUUGACCCAGAUAAUAUGAUACUAUCCACGCAGUUUACUGCAUCUCAGUCUCCUUCAAGGACUCCUUUGCCUAUUGGUACUCGCCUAACAAGAUUUUGUAUUGGCAUGGAUAUUGAGCUAGUGUAUGCUGAACUUACUAAGGCCUUAGAAAAACUUGGCUAUGGUUGGAAAUAUAGUGCUCCUGGACAGGUCACUGUCACUACACAGGAUAGGAGAAAGACACUAUUAAUUUUCAAGGCAAACCUGAUUAGUAUGUCAGACAACAUCCUUGUAGACUUUAGGAGAUCAAGGGGAGAUGGUAUUGAAUUUAAACGUCACUUUUUGAAGAUAAAGGAAUCUUUGUCACAUAUUAUACAGAAGCAAUUGUUUUCAACUGGAGUUUGUUAACAUCAUUUAAAAAUUUAAAUAUUAGUUUUAUAUUUUAUACUCAUUGUAAUUAAUCUAGUUGUGUUUUAUAGUCAAAAUGAUGUAUAGUUUUCACUGUAUUAUAUUUCAUCAUUUUAAAAAAUGUCUAAAAUAUUUUUGUGCAAAUUUUUAUGUGAAUAAAAUAUUUUCUUUGAAA